AUGGGUUCAAAAUCAUCCAAAGUAUCGGAGAAGCCAAAAGGAAAUGUUCGGGAGAAAUUGGAAUUAGAAGAAGUCGGAAAGUGGGAAACUACAGAAGAUGAGGAGAAACCAAAGGAUUCUGAGAAUGAGGAUUGUGCAGAAAACGAUUCUAUCGAUAAUCCGGAAGUCGUGGAAAAUGAAUCAGGAAAUUUCGAGGAAUCAGAAUCCCGCGUCACCACUGGAACUGAGGUAGAUCAGUCUGAAAAUGGUUCCGAUACCGAUGGGGUGACGACUUCUGAGACUGAAGACGAUGAUGAUGAAUCUCCGGAGGAAUACAAUUCCCGCUCUUCUUCGGACCAAAACGAGGAGGAACAUGAAGAGUUGGUUUCGACAUUGGAAGAUUAUGUGGCAGAGAAUGGGAUCUCUCAAGAAACAGCUGAAACGAAUGAUUUGGUUUCCGAAUCUCAGGAGAGGAUAGCUACAGGAGCAGAUGUAGCUGUCUAUCAAUACGAACAAAAUCUUGCAGAUUUUGUAGUUGAGAAUCCGAGUUCAGUAGAAGAAGUUUCUGAGGACGAAAUUCAACUUCUCGAUUCUUCUUCUUAUCCAGUGCAAUCCGAGAAACGUCAGAAUGGUAUGAUCCUGAUCGAGGUGGCUGGCCCACGUGCCGAUCAGAUUCAACAGUUCUGGCAGAUGGUUGUAGAGAAACGGAUUCCAACGAUUCAUAUGACAUGCGACUAUGUCGAAGACGGAGUUUUGAAGUGUGCUCCAUACAAUCCGAUUCUUGGGGAAUCAGAAGUCAAAUGCGGAAUUUUCAUUAUCAAACGACUCGGGACCGAGGCUCAGCUAUCAAUGAAUCUCAAAAGGCAACAACUUCUGAUUUAUGAGACAAAAAAGAGCUUAAACAAGGGAGCGAUUCUAGAAUACAAGCACAGUGUGACUCAUUUUCAAGAAAUUGAGAAUGAUGAUCAUAUUCAACGUUCUAGAAAUCUCGAUGUUAUAAAUAAGCAUGUAUCCCAUCAGCCGAAUCCUCAACUACUCGUUCAUGGAUCAUAA